ACACUCCCAGCUGUCAAGGAGGACAGUCAGUGCGCGGAGGUGCGCGCGCGUGUGCGCGUGUGCGUGUGUGUGAGUUUGUGGAGGGGAAGGGAGAAGAGCCCGGCAGCUUUUUCGCCUGGGAAAGGAGGGCGCGCGUGGAGCUGGAGCCGCCGCGAGGCGCUUCGCAGGUGCUUCCCAGGUGUUUCCCAGGUGGCUCGCGGUGUGUCCAGGUGGUCUCGGGGGGGGGGAGGGCGACCCCCGGCGAGGAGCCCACCCUGCGAUGCGGUCCCGCUGAGCCCCCCGUUUGCCCUCCAGAAGGAGAAGUUGAUGGCGUUUCCGAGGCGCGCUCGCCAGGAUGGACGUGGUCGAUGAAACCGAAGCUCUGCAGAGAUUUUUUGAAGGUCAUGAUAUCAACAGCUCUUUGGAGCCAGCUAACAUAGACACGAGUAUCUUAGAGGAGUACAUCAGCAAGGAGGACGACAGCUCUGACAUAUGCUUCUCUGAGGUUCAAGGAGGCCCGGGCCCCAGCUUCUCCUCCCCGCAGGCAGGGGCCUCGGCUGGGGGGGUGGUGUGUGGCGUGAGCCCCCCCACCCCCCUACGCCAGGGAGCUCCCCCACCCUUGCCCCCCCUCUGCCAGACUUCUUACCCCUCAGCUCCGCCGUUGAGUGUGCACCGGCACAGCUACCCCUACCUAGGGCAGCAGCAGCAACAGCAGCAGCAGCAGCAGCAGCAUCAUCAGCAGCAGCAGCAGCAUCAUCAGCAACAGCAGCAGCUUCAACAGUCCCACGUCAAGUCUGAGCACAGGGGCCACUACGCCUCCGGGACGUUACCAGAAUCGCCCCCAGACUCCAGCUCAGAGCCGUACUCCCCUCAGCAAGUGAACGACACCCACCUGCUCAGGACUAUGACUCCAGAGAACAUGUGUCACAUCUCGCCCCCGCUGCCCCCUCCCCAGCCGCACUACUCUGGCUUGCAGCGGGACAUGUACCUGAAGCAGGAGCCGAUGAUAUCGCAGUACCCCAUCGGUCCGGUCAUGUGUGGUAGUGCGGACAUCCAGCAGAGUCAGAUGCUCCAUCAGCUACUGCAGCUUCCGCAAGGACAGGAUGCCAUUCCAGGUCACCAAGCCAAGAAGAGGAAGCAUUCAGACUCUCCUCCCAACACCCUCAACUCUCAGAUCCUUUCUGGAAUUAUCAAACAAGAGCCAGGUUUGAUCCAAGAUGCGGAGAACUCCUACCUGGAUCCCAACUACCAGUGUAUCAAGUGGCAGCCCCACCAGCAGAACAAAUGGACUCCACUGUAUGAUGCAAACUACAAGGAGCUGCUCAUGCCUACCUACCGAGUGGAUGCUGACAAGGGCUUUAACUUCUCAGUCCCAGACGAUGCAUUUGUGUGCCAGAAGAAGAACCAUUUCCAGGUCACAGUGUACAUCGGCAUGUUGGGAGAUCCGAAGUACGUCAAAACCAGCGAAGGACUACAGCCCAUAGAUUGCUUCUACCUCAAACUCAACGGGGUGAAGCUUGAAGCCAUGAACCAGACUAUCAAUGUGGAGCAGUCUCAGUCUGACCGCAGCAAGAGGCCCUUCAAACCAGUACUGGUGACUCUGCCCCCAGAGCAAGUCACUAAGGUGACAGUAGGGCGACUGCAUUUCAGCGAGACCACGGCCAACAACAUGAGGAAAAAAGGCAAGCCGAAUCCAGAUCAGAGGUACUUCAUGCUGGUUGUGGCCCUCCAGGCUCAGUCCCAGAAUCAGAGCUACACUGUGGCGGCACAGGUGUCCGAGAGGAUCAUCGUCAGGGUAACCUCUGCGUCAAACCCGGGGCAGUUUGAAAGUGACAGCGACGUGCUGUGGCAGAGGGGUCAGCUGCCGGACUCUGUGUACCACCACGGCCGAGUGGGUAUAAACACCGACCGCCCGGAUGAAGCGCUCGUCGUCCACGGCAACCUCAAGGUCAUGGGGUCUCUGGUACAUCCCUCUGAUAUCCGUGCCAAGGAGAACGUCGAGGAGGUGGACACCACGGACAAUCUGAAGAGGAUAUCCCAGAUGCGGUUGGUACACUAUCACUACAAGCCCGAGUUUGCAGCCACCAUAGGAAUAGAAAACACGUCAGAGACAGGGGUGAUUGCCCAGGAGGUGCAGAAAAUCCUACCGGAGGCGGUGAAGGAAGGUGGAGAUGUGGUUUGUGCCAAUGGUGAAACCAUCCCAAAGCUACUGGUAGUCAACAAGGACCGCAUCUUCAUGGAGAAUGUGGGCGCGGUGAAGGAGCUGUGCAAGCUGACAGACAACCUGGAGACACGUAUUGACGAACUGGAGCGCUGGAGCCGGAAGCUGGCCAAACUGCGCCGACUGGACAGCAUGAAAAGCACUGUGAGCGGGGGGACUGUCAGCCAAUCAGGAAGCCAGUUCAGUCGAGCCGGAAGUGGUCCUAUGAAGAAAAGAUCUGGCAAAUCUGGAAGCAAGAGCCCUGCUCCGGAACAAAGCUGCAUCAGCCACAAAUUCAUGCAAGGCACCAUCCUAGCCCUUGUCAUUGUGAUGGCCUUCAGCGUCAUCUCCAUGUCCAUCCUGUACGUGCUGACUCGACACCAGCAGAGUGACGUAAGAGAAGCUGACAGCAUUGCAUCUGUCUGCACUCUCUCCGUGUCCUGGACACCUGUCCUUACUGCUACUCUUACCGUCUGUCCAUCUGUCUGUCCAUGUUCCAGCAGGUCAAGUUCUGCACUGGGCUCCUCUCACGAGGCCACCUUCUCCCCCACAGCCACCACCUCUCCUCCCCAAGUACCACCCUCUCCCUCAAUGUCCAAUAAUGCCGCUUGCUGCCCUUCACCCACAUCCAUGAACAACCAGUCAACCACUAGCCUUUCGCCGAGCAUCAACCAAUCGACCUCAGACCCCCUUAGUUUUGACCCAACACCUGCCAGCACCAAUAAGAAGGCCAAAUCCCGCCUCUCGGAAAAGGACGUUCGCCAUAGGAAUCGACUGAGCCACACCGCCACCCCCUCCUUCCAAGCCAAAACUAAGAGACCCCUGUCUCCAGACCAGGGUCUUGGAGUGGACAACCGCCUCCCUGGGGGACCACCGACACCACGAAGACAGCGCAGUGUGUAUUUAGGGGGUCAAAGCUUCGGCCCUUCUCUGACGUCAGCGCGAAUCCUGGAGACAGACCAGCCCAUCGACAUGCAGUUUUGUCCUUCACCUGCUGGCUGCAGGAGCGGUGUCCACAGCUACACGGUCUCUCUCCAUGGGAGCAACUACACGGCUCUUUCUCACAUCACUCUACGCAUGAGGUCCAACACCAACCUCAAGGUGCUGCGGUGUGGUGCCACCAGAGGUCGUCCCUGUCCUGCACGUCCCGAGACACAGGUCCAGGGCGGCGAGGCACAGGCACACAGCGAGCAGAAUGCCUUCACAAAGGGGAUGGACCACCUGUGGUCACUACCACAACUGCCCUUCCAGGAAGUUAGCUUCCACUUCCGUGUGACCGCGUCUGAUGAAGUGAUGUGUGCCGCCGGUGAUGAGGAGCAGCACACCGGCCACUACUCCGAUUACCACUUCGUGUUCCAGAGAAGCUGUGGAUGACAGACAGACGUUUAUGAAAACGGCGUGCAUUGUGGGAGGAAGACAGUGCACCCCGCGUUCCCAAUUCCUCACGCCUCCCAAGAGCGCUUCCCGUUUCCUGUUUUCUUGACCGCUCGCCAGUCUGUUUGAGUAGGAAAUCGAUAAACGUGUGAAAUUUUUUUGACCGGAUUUAUUUUGUAUUUUUAGUUGUGUUGUUACGAGAAGAAUUACGCGUAGCCGCAAAUUUAGCUUUCCUUAACCUGCCACGGUGAUCCACCUCAAGGGACUACAACAUGCUGCAGAUUGCGUGCAAAUUGUGCUUUCAGAGAUUUCCUGUUAGGGUUUAACACUCCGAUGACAGUAUAUAUAUUUACUUUGGUUAUGAACUCUGAUUAUUACAGCUUUUCAUUGACGGGACUAUUGGUCUGGAGCAAUUGCUUGAUGUCCGUGAGGUAAUAACAGCAGAUCCGCGAGUGACCUGGGUUCCGGUCUGUUGCAGAACACAGUCCGGCUGGCUGAUGGCUCGAUCCUGCAUUAAGCAUGAUGGAGGGUUUGUUACGUUAAUGACUUUGCAUUCUUUCGCUGACUCUUUUUUUUUUUUUUUCUUUGCGGUCAUUAAUGACUCAUUCGUAGAUGAGUUGCUUUCUUAAAUCUUUCAGUAGAUUUGUUCAUGCGAAAUUGUCCACCUUUAUAUGUAUGCAGAUCAUUGUCUGGACUCAUGCACAGAAUAUUAUCUUGGUCUUGCUCUGGUAACACAAAGAGAAUCAAACUUUUUCUUUCUUAUAACGGUAACUUUUUGGUGAACGACUAAAAAUUGACAUGCCCUGAACAUACUGUUUACACAAGUGAUGUAGACUUUUUUUUGGACACAUUCUCUCACUUUUACAUACGAUGUGACGCUCUUGCAGAACACAUCCAACAAACAAGACAUUUGUCAACACAGCGAAAGCCUAAGGACAGGAAAUCAGAAAAAAACGGUGAAUUUAUGUAUCAUGUUACUAAUUGGAGAACAAUUAAUAUCACUAGGAUGUGUGUGUAAUAAUUACUCAUAAUAUAGACACUGGAUACAGGUUCAUUAUUUAAAAUGGAAUCAGCUGCAAACAAGCAAGGAAAUGCACGUGUUCUUGAGAAACGACUCAUGUUCCUCUAGUGUGUAAAGAGAAGUUGGUAUAUAAUUUUAGAUUUUAAACCGGAGUACACAAUCGCUUGACAAUGAAAGAACUGGAUCUUUUAAUCGUCCUCCACUCCUCGUGACCUUGUCACACACAGUCCUGGGCAGCGAUACUGGAACGCGGUAUCACCUGAUGAACUGGAUAAACUGAGUCUGACACUGGCAUGUGGACCUGUACGAUGACCUCCAUGGAGAGGUUAACACCGUUUCUGGGAUACUGGAUCCACUUUAGCCUGCAUCACUGGAGGUCUUGAUCACUGGCAAGUACAGAGUCACUGUGCAUUUACUGUGCAUUUUAAUCACGAACGUCUGGGGUCGCCGUGCUCUUUCUGAAAUUGAAAAGCGUAGGGUUUGCUGGGGGGGGAAGCAUCAAAACUGGCUUGGACUUGAGGGAACUUUGGCUUGGAGAGCACUGGGCUGGCGCAAUGCUGGCUGUAGAGGGACCAGCUGAAGAGCAGGGGCUGGGAGGUCACGGAACUGGCUUUUCCAAGCUUAGCUACUCUGGCCCUUGCCCCACUGUAGAGAAGUCCUGUCUGCUGCCUCUGCCCCUCCCUGCUCUCACUGUGUUCUCUUCUGGGUUCAGUCUGGAGAGGCCACAGAGAGCAGAGAGCAAGGGGAAGGAGUGCAGACACCCGUUCUGAUCUCACUGUGACACCCCUGAGGUCCUGACCCCGACCACACCAGGACCGACGUGACGUCUAGACACAGACGUCUCUGUGACGGCCCCGAGGUCCUGACACUGACCUCACUUUGACCAGCCUGUGGUCCUGACUGACUUUAACCCCAGCUGAACCCGUCACCGACCUCCGUUCGACUCCCUUUAGACCACCAGUCUCCAUGAUUUGAUUUGGAAGUUCAGACGCUGAGAUGCUCUGAAGCUGCAAUGCAUUGCACCCUGCAACUGUGUUCUAUCCAUAAGUUUCUGCUCCUUUUCCAGAAUAUGCAACAAACUAAGUGAUUAUGAAUUGUCUACUUGCUUUCUCGUACUGGAAACAAAUGUGUUGCUUUGGUAAGAACACAGCAUGUCUUCACUGUAUGUUAUGAUGGUUAAAGAGUCUUUAAAUGUAAAAGUAAUGUGGGCUGUGUGGUUGGAGGUGUGUGUCUCUGCAGCAUGAUGUGCAGGGAGGUGUAUAGGCAGGGACUGGUGUCGAAAUAAAGCAGGCAUUUUCCCCUGGCAAUUCCACAUGUUUUUAUAACAUCCUUAGAAUGUUUUGGUCUGCUACCACAUCCUUUACACACAGCACAGUAAUACGUAUAAAUACCAGUGUGUGAAAUGAAGUGUGUUUUCAAUAACCACAUAAUUCUCCAAAUUUUUGUGUAACAAAUUGGAGAGUAGAUAUCAACUAAUGUAAUAACAGAACAAAAAAUAUAUGGGAUAUUCUCCUAAAUGUUCAUAAAUGAUUUUUCACAAAUGUAUUCAGUAUUCAUUAUGCCUGGUUAAGGGUAAAAACAGGGCCACUGAUUCUUUUGACAGUAAUUAAUGUAUUAAAAGUUAACUGCUUGGGUAGAGCACAUUUACUGGGAUUCCUUUAGACAAAUUUACUCCCCUGUUCAUGGGUAAACGCUUGUUUUAUUUAAUAAAGAAAAUAUACUGUGCCUUAUAUGAAACAGCACUUCCAGCUUGUGUAAAUAUCAAUUGCUUUAUGAACUUAUUUUCUUGUCUGUUUUUUAAAUGAUAUUUUUAAUGAUUUACUAAUUUGUAUCGACUGCUUGAUUUUUACAGUACAGGUGCAUAAAUUUUACUGUUUUACUGCAUUGCAAUACACUGUAUUUUGGUUUUUUUUUAACAAAAAAGUCUGAGUUUAAGCCCUUGUCCAUGUUUUUACAGAAGAAAAUCAUAACACUUUUUCAUGUUAGAGCCUUUUUUGAGGUGAAUUCAUGAGCAUGAAAGUAACACUAUAACAGUGAGACUAACUGCAUAAGAUCUGAACAUCUUUUAAACUUUGAAUCGAAACUUAUGACCGAGGUUCUACAGUUCCUCCAAAGUCAGUGUUUUUUAGGAGUUUAUGUACAACUCUGUGAAUUGUUGCUAAAUAUAUCGUCCUUUUCAUGAACAUCUAUUACUGAACACCACCUCUAUCCUUCUUCUAGUUAACUGGUAUAAUUCCCAGUACUUUCCCUCUCUCCACUAGUUUGCUUAUAUUUUAAUUUGAAGUCUCUCUUCUGUCCCCACACCUCAUUCCUGUUCCCGCUGAUUUGUGCUCCUGUCUACGAUUUGAACCCCUUUCCUUUUCAAGGACCCAUCCUCAU